CUGCCCUUUGCUCCCGGCAAGCGGCGGGUGAGUCAGGCGCCUCGCAGGCUCCGAGCAGGUGGGGACCGAAGCUGGCAAGGGAAAGGGGUGGGCAUUUCCCUCCCUCCUCCUGCUUGCUUUCUCUCCAUAGGUGGCGGGGCUGUAGCGGGGUGAACCCCUCCGUCCUGUCAGCCUCUCGCCAUGGCUGGCGGUGGGCCUGGGGUCUCGCUCCUCUUCAUGGCCAGCGUCGUGGUGGCCGUGGGGCUGUGCAAGAGCCUGCUCCGCCGCCGGCUGUACUCGGACCGCCGCCUUUUCACCGUCCUCACGGAGCUGCUGAGCACCUUCCAGAUCUGUGCCUGCACGAACGAGCUCUGCCUGCUCGCCAACGUGGAGCCGAAGCCUCACGUCGCGCUCAGCCUCACCUACGGCUUCACCGUCCUGCACGGCCUGACCCUGAGCGGCAGCGCAUGCAACCCCUGCGGCACGCUGCAGCCCAUGUGGAGCGGGGGGAUAGCGCCCAAGGCGGGGGCACUCAGGAUCGCGGCGCAGUUCGUGGCCGCGGGGCUCGCCAGGGUGUUCAUGCGCUGUGUCUGGAGCCUGGGGAUGGCAGAGGCGCAUUCCGGAGCCCUCGCACAGGGCUGCAGCAGCCCCAUGCAGACUACAGUGAUGCAGGCGUUCUGCAUAGAACUGCUCUUUUCUGCCGUUUUCCAGCUGACCUUGCUGCGAGCGGAAAGAGUUAACCCCAAAUACAGAGUGCAUCUGAUGGCUCUUCUCAUCACCAUGCUCGUGUAUGCAGGUGGAAAUCUCACAGGAGCAAUAUUUAACCCAGCAUUGGCUUUGUCAUUGCACCCACACUGUUUCUAUGAGAAGUUUCUGAGCUACUCGCUAGUAUACUGGGUAGCACCGUCCUUGGGUACAAUACUUGUGGCUUUUAUAUGGGGUGAAAUCCUCCCCCGGAUCUCCUGAGCCAUCAAAUCCUGACACCAAGCAGUGACACUGAAAUAACACCUUCAACAUCUGCAGAUGUGGAGCUGCCAGGAAACUGCUGACCUCAACGUCCACACCACCUUUCAGCUGUACUUCCAGACUUCAUGUUUGAAAUCUCUGACUUCCAACUUUGUAUUCAAACACUUUAGUAAUAGCACACUGGGAUCUUGAGAUACGUGCCACCAUUAAACCCUAGGAAUGUGAAGGACAGUUAAAACACUGCAACGUUGUCACUUUAACCAGAAGUGCCAUUUGCUGACGUUUAUUACAACAGUUUGCAAAGCUCAUUUUAGAGACAUACUCAGUCCUUGUAACAACUGUGCUGGAUUUCUUCCCAUAGAAGGCACCUGCAUAAAAAAGGAGCUGAAGAUUUUAUCCUUCCAUUGACCUCAUCAUACUCCUCCUUGCAACACAGGAGAGGAAGAAAGGCUGCAGUGUUCCCUAGAAGAGGCCCCAUAGCUCUAUUCUAGAGACACCUUACACCAAUAUUAACAGUCUGUAGGACCAGCACUAAUAACUGAAUGCAGGUAAGUAACUCCUCACUUCCUUUGGGAAGGCUCUGCCCCGUCCCAUCCCACUGCAGUUGGGUGAAUGUUUCUGUUGGUUGGAAAAAGCAGUAAUAAAGUACCAUAAAGUUCUGUAGUCACACACACAAAAAGGGCAUUUGGGGCAAAAAAAAACCCCCAAACUACUUCACCUGA